CAUAGAGAAUUACAGCGAUAGUCAGAGGAGGAGGACGCAAGUAGGAGGCUCCCUUGUUCCCAUCGUGCAGUAUGCCGAAACCAACCCUGAAGGUGGCUGCCAUUCGUGUCUGCCCGUUGGUUGCCCCGUUGACCGCUAUGGUCAUCCUUUCCUUAAAUGCAGUCAUGUAUUUAGACGCGCUUGCAGCAGGAAGAGCAGGCGGCCGAGGGGAAGGGGUAAUUGCAGUUCUGAAUGCCCCUUCGAGGAGCCGCGAUAUGCUGAGAGAGAGGGUGGUGGUGGUCCCCAACACCACCCACGGGGUCGGGGAGGAACACACGAAUGCUGAGGACGUCGAUUGCGCAGCAAUCGACUUCGCUGGCAAUCGGAUUCUGUCCGCAGAGGAUUUCGGAGAUCUCGCCUCCGUGCCCUCGCGCUUCAUACGGCUCCGGCGUUCUGACGCUUCCGCGGGACCGAUGUCUUUCCAAGAGAGCACGCUCAGCGGGCGUCGGGAUCGUCGUGACGACGAUGAUGGAGGCACCGCGUAUACAAAUGCAACUGGGCGCGAUAGAGCCAAUAAGCAGGCUCAGCGGAGUCGAGUGGUGGUCUCGUCGGGAAAGACGAAGAUCCCCGACCGCGUGUUCUUCCUCAACAUGUACCAAAAUAUCCGUGGCUGCGCCCACACGCAGUGCUCUAUCGAGAGCUUCCUCGCAAAGAAUCCGAACUACACGGUGUACAUUUACUCCAGCAACCUGACCUAUUUCCGUACGAAGUGGUCAGAGCGCAAAGACCCUCGCAUUGUGCUUAAAACGGCGGACUUUGCCGACAUCUUCAGCGGCACGCCAUUCGAAAACUGGUACGCCUCGGGAACUUACCGAAAAACACGCUGGAUACCUAACAAUCUGAGUAAUGCGGCUAGAUUGGCGUUGGUUUGGAAGUACGGGGGGACAUACCUCGACAUGGACUUCAUCAGCCUGAAUCCCAUGCCGGCGGGGUUAGGCAGCGCAGUGGCGGCGGAGGACGACAAGUCGAUCAACAACGCUUUCAUAAGGUUCUCGGCCGGCCAUCAGUUCGUGCGAGAAGCGAUGAAAGAUUUCGUAGCGGAUUUCAGCGGAAACCUGUGGGGCCAUCAAGGUCCGAAGCUUCUCACUCGCGUCUUUAUGCGAAAUUGUCUGGACAUCGACGAGCUGGAGGAGUGGCUGGUGUCUCGGAAAUUGCCGAGAGACGAGGCGAAGGCCCUGAUUCGCGCGCAAGUACGGGAUUUGAACGCGACCCGCUUGUCUGCUGCUUAUGUCCCUCCGGAUUUCUGCUACGAUCUGACCGUCAUGAAAAGGGAAUCAGUCUAUCCGCUCUGGUGUAGUGAAGCUAAGCUGCUAAAGACUCCUUGGCGGCAGGCUUGUAAGCUAUGUAGGGAGCUCCAAGAGAAGGCAAUCAUGUUGCACUACUGGGGACACAGCUUUCCUCACAACGACUCCUUCAGUGAGUCCAGUAUCAUGGGCAAGUUGAUGACGGCAACCUGUCCGCGCACGUUCGCCCAAUGUGGUUGGGGGCCCAGUGGCUGAGAACCGACGUCACCUUGCAGCUCCCCUGUAUCCAAGUAACAGGAUGCUGAACAUGAU